GUUUUUUUUUAUUAUUUAUAUCAAUUUAUUUAUUAAUUUUAAAUUGAUGAACGUUUGUAAUGUUUUCCCCAAAAGGCAGAUUAGGUUUUCAAAACAAAUAAAAAACCCAAAUCUGAACUCUCGUUUACCGUUCUUCAGUCAUCACUCACGCGCGCAAUCUUCUCAGUCGCCACUACUCCAAUCUCACGUUGAAAGGGCAUAUGGGUGACCGGCAAGUAGUUGAACAACAGCACUCGGUUGAUCCACAACUGCCAUCUUCUCCUCCCUCAAAAGAUGAUAUGGUUUCAUGUGUUAUGGCCUUGGAGGCUGCUCUGCUUCCCUGUUUGCCAGCCAGAGAACUUCAAGCUAUAGACCGUUCUCCCCAUCCUUCUCAUCAAAUUGACGUGGAUAGGUAUGCAAGAGAUUUUAUGGAGGCUGCCAAGAAGCUUCAGCUUUAUUUUAUCAGCCUGCAACGUGAGGAAAAGCCAUCAAAAGCUGAAAUGCUUAGAAAGGAGAUUGCUUUGAUGGAAGAGGAACUUAACAAAAAAAAUGGGCUGAUAAAAAAACAAGAAAAUUUAAUUCAGGAGUGGAAAAAAGAGUUGAAAGAUCAGUUGGACAAACACAAGAUUGAGUUAGAUAGGGUUUAAUGUAUGCUUUUGCUCUCUUUAAAUAUUUAAAAGUUCAGUGGUU